CAUAAUAAAGAAUCACUGACACUCAUUGAUCUGCUUUCUCUGCUGCUGAAUGUAGUGUGUGAACAUUGUGUAUAUAUGGUGUGUACCAUGAUACGUCGCGGCGAUUGAUAGUAAAGUACGCAUAAAGUGAAAUGGCAUUAUUCCGGGCAUUGCCCGCCGGAAUCGGCGCAACAUCCAAGAUCAUUUCACGUAGUGUCCCAGCUAUAUACUAUCACGCAAAUGUACUUGAUCAUUAUGAGAAUCCUAGAAACGUUGGUUCUUUGGACAAGAAUGACGAGCAAGUUGGUACAGGUCUCGUAGGAGCACCUGCCUGUGGAGAUGUGAUGAAACUUCAAAUUAAAGUUGAUGAAAAUGGUAAAAUAAUUGAUGCAAAAUUUAAAACUUUUGGUUGUGGUUCCGCUAUCGCCUCCAGUUCUUUAGCAACAGAAUGGGUUAAAGGAAAAACGGUGGACGAAGCAUUGGCACUAAAAAAUACUGACAUUGCACAAGAACUUCGCCUUCCGCCUGUCAAGCUGCACUGUUCGAUGCUUGCCGAGGAUGCAAUUAAGGCUGCUCUGUCAGAUUAUCGCAUCAAACAACAAUCAAAGACCAAAAUGAAGGAUGAAGAAGUCAGUAGCAUGAAUUAAGAUCGAUCUUGUAACUAUGUGAUACCAGUAAAAAUAAAUUUAGCUUUGCAAAUAUUCUAAGGAAAUUAUUGUAUUGUAAUCAUAAUUACUUAGAUCGAGCGAUGGGAAUUAUACAUUUUUUAAGUUAUAUAUUAGGCAAUACAUUUUUUUCUUUUAAAAUAUGAAUAAAGGGAUGUAAAUCGUACCUGUAUACCAGAUAAAAUAAAUUUAUUUUAAGAAGC